UUCCUUCAGUCCACGAAUUCCGAGAAUUUACCCAGUCUGAUUGUGUGACCCAUAAUUCCGAGACGCCUUCCAUCUUUGCCAAAACUGCGGCACCUUUCCAAGCCAGCACGGUCGGGUCGACCUCUUUGGGAGGCGGAAUGAUUUGGACUUUCUCCAUAUCCGCUACCAGCGGUGUCGCAAUUGCCUGUAGCCGGCUCUCCAGCCCAUGAUUCAUCCCAGGCACAUUCGCGCCCCCUCCGAUGAUCAGCACGGCCUGCAGAUACUUGCGUAUUUUGUCGUCCCCGCCGGCCGCGCGAGUGCUGUUGAAGAUGGCGACGUCAAGAGGAAGCCGACUCGCUUCGUCCGCGACGUCGAUGUCAAAACCCCCGGGGUGCUUGCUCUUCUUACCCUUGUCUUCGCUCGAAGGGCUGCGUUCAGGCGCAGCAGGGGGAUCCCCGUCCACACGAGGAGCAGCGCUAGCACUAGCGGCACCAGCAGGUAUUUUGGUCGUGCCGUUUGCCGGCAUAAGAUGUUGCGUCGAGAUGAGCAUAGCAGAGGUCUGGAACGCGUUGAACGACGGAUCGCGCCAGGACAGGAAUGUUUACUAUUUGGUCAGAGUUGUGGUCGAUGAUCUCGUCCGUAACAUCGGGAUUCGACAUUGGGAUGUGAGCUUGUCGUUUUUUCUCAAAGUCGAUCAUUCUAGGUUCGAAAACAAUCUGCACAAGAUGAACGCAUGCGCGAUGGACCGGCCACCGAACCUACCAUCGGCGCCAAGAUGGUUUCGUCGUAAGCUCGUACUCAAAGUCACGUCGCUCUAAGAAAAUAAGCCGCACGUCUGCAGAGUAGAGAGUGACCGACCUCAGAA